GUCCAGCUCGCCGCGCCGAGCCAGGGCCGGGCGGAGGGCCGCGCGCCGGGGCCGCGCCCCGCUCGCCGGGCCGUGGGGGCGCGCCGGCUCCCACGCUCCGCCAGCUCCCGGUUGUUUCCUAGAAACAUGGUUGUUUGUUGGACUUGAUCUCACAGCCCAGUGAGGACAUCUUUACUGAUAAUGUCAAAUUCAGGCUACCCUCCCAACCAAGGAGCUUUCAGCACAGAGCAAAGUCGUUAUCCUUCACAUUCUGUCCAGUAUACUUUUCCCAGCACCAGACACCAGCAGGAAUUUGCAGUCCCUGACUAUCGCUCUCCUCAUAUUGAAGUUAGUCAGGCAUCACAGCUUUUGCAGCAGCAGCAGCAACAGCAGCAGCAGCAGCAGCAGCAGCAGCUUCGAAGACGACCUUCCUUGCUUUCAGAAUUUCACCCAGGUUCUGACAGGCCUCAAGAAAGAAGAACUGGAUAUGAACAGUUUCACUCAGGCCCCUCACCAGUGGAUCAUGAUUCAUUGGAGUCCAAGCGGCCACGCCUGGAGCCAGUUUCUGAUGCCCAUUUCCAGCGUGUUAGUGCUGCUGUUUUACCUUUAGUUCACACGUUGCCAGAAGGGUUGAGGUCGUCUGCAGACACUAAGAAGGAUCCAGCAUUUGGAGGCAAACAUGAAGCUCCAUCCUCUCCACUGUCUGGGCAACCAUGUGGAGAUGAUCAAAACGCUUCACCUUCAAAGCUUUCAAAAGAAGAGUUAAUACAGAGUAUGGACCGAGUAGAUCGAGAGAUUGCAAAAGUAGAGCAGCAGAUCCUUAAACUGAAAAAGAAGCAACAACAGCUAGAAGAAGAAGCAGCUAAGCCUCCUGAGCCGGAGAAGCCUGUGUCCCCUCCUCCUGUGGAGCAGAAACACCGUAGUAUUGUCCAAAUUAUUUAUGAUGAGAAUCGGAAAAAAGCAGAAGAAGCUCAUAAAAUUUUUGAAGGUCUUGGCCCAAAAGUUGAACUGCCACUCUAUAAUCAGCCAUCAGAUACCAAGGUGUACCAUGAGAACAUCAAGACUGGAGUACCUGCAAGGCGCAUGAUGAAAAACCAGGUGAUGAGGAAAAAACUCAUUUUAUUUUUUAAAAGAAGAAAUCAUGCAAGAAAACAAAGGGAACAAAAAAUCUGCCAGCGUUAUGAUCAGCUCAUGGAAGCAUGGGAGAAAAAAGUGGACAGAAUAGAAAACAAUCCCCGGAGGAAAGCAAAAGAAAGCAAAACAAGGGAGUACUAUGAGAAGCAGUUUCCAGAAAUUCGAAAACAAAGAGAGCAGCAAGAACGGUUUCAACGAGUUGGUCAGAGGGGAGCUGGUCUUUCAGCUACCAUUGCUAGGAGUGAGCAUGAGAUUUCUGAAAUUAUUGAUGGUCUUUCUGAGCAGGAGAAUAAUGAGAAACAAAUGCGGCAGCUUUCUGUGAUUCCACCUAUGAUGUUUGAUGCAGAGCAAAGAAGGGUCAAGUUCAUCAAUAUGAAUGGGCUUAUGGAGGAUCCUAUGAAAGUUUAUAAAGAUAGACAGUUUAUGAAUGUUUGGACUGACCAUGAAAAGGAGAUCUUUAAGGACAAGUUUAUUCAGCAUCCCAAAAACUUUGGACUAAUUGCAUCCUACUUGGAAAGGAAGAGUGUGCCUGAUUGUGUUUUAUAUUACUAUUUAACCAAGAAAAAUGAGAAUUAUAAAGCCCUAGUGAGAAGGAAUUAUGGAAAACGGAGAGGCAGAAAUCAGCAGCAGAUUGCCCGUCCCUCGCAAGAAGAAAAAGUAGAAGAAAAAGAAGAGGAUAAAGGAGAAAAAACAGAGAAAAAGGAAGAAGAAAAGAAGGAUGAUGAAGAAAAAGAUGAGAAGGAAGACUCAAAAGAAACUACCAAGGAAAAGGACCGAACGGAAGGCACAACAGAGGAAACGGAGGAGAGAGAGCAGGCCACGCCCAGGGGCAGAAAGACUGCUAACAGCCAGGGGCGUCGCAAGGGCCGGAUCACCAGGUCCAUGACAAGUGAAGCUGCAGCUGCUAGUGCUGCUGCGGCCACUGAGGAGCCCCCUCCUCCCCUGCCACCACCACCAGAGCCUGUUUCUGCUGAGCCCGUUGAAACCUCACGAUGGACUGAAGAAGAAAUGGAAGUUGCUAAAAAAGGCCUAGUAGAACAUGGUCGUAACUGGGCAGCUAUCGCCAAGAUGGUGGGAACUAAAAGUGAAGCCCAGUGUAAAAACUUCUAUUUUAACUAUAAAAGGCGGCACAAUCUUGACAACCUCUUACAGCAACAUAAACAGAAAGUGAGUAGAUUAGUAGUGGCUUCACGAAAACCUCGUGAGGAACGAGAUGUGUCUCAAUGUGAAAGUGUUGCUUCCACUGUUUCUGCUCAGGAGGAUGAAGAUAUUGAAGCCUCCAAUGAGGAAGAAAAUCCAGAAGAUAGUGAAGGUGCUGAAAAUAGUUCUGAUACAGAAAGUGCUCCCUCUCCUUCACCAGUUGAAGCUGCCAAGCCCAGUGAAGACAGCAGUGAAAAUGCUGCUUCUCGAGGAAACACCGAACCUGUGGCCGAGCCUGAGGCUACCACUGACCCUGCACCCUGUGCAUCUCCCUCUUCAGCAGUUCCAAGCACAAAACCAGCUGAAAGUGAAAGCGUGGCGGCCCAGGCGACUGACAGCGCCAGUAUGGAGACAGCAGAGCUGAUGGAUGUAGACCUCGAGGAGUGCAGUGCUGAAGCCAGUUCUGUUCUUGACCCGCCAGCCGCUCCCAAAGCCGACUCUGUAGACACAGAAAACACUGCGUCUAAAGGUGAAGGAGAUGCCAAAGAAAGAGACUUGGAGAGCACCAGUGAGAAGACAGAGGCUGGAGAGGAAGACUUGGUGGUGGCAGAGCAGAUGAAUCUCCAGAGGCCUGAGCCACAGUCAGACAACGACUCCAGUGCCACAUGCAGUGCUGAUGAGGAUGUGGAUGUAGAACCGGAGAGGCCGAGAGUGUUUCCUAUGGAUCCUAAGCCUUCAUUGUUAAAUCCGACUGGGUCUAUACUAGUUUCAUCUCCUAUUAAACCAAAUCCAUUGGAUCUGCCACAGCUUCAACAUCGAGCUGCUGUUAUCCCACCAAUGGUUUCUUGCACCCCAUGUAAUAUACCAAUUGGAACCCCCGUGAGUGGCUAUGCUCUUUACCAGCGACAUAUUAAGGCCAUGCACGAGUCGGCUCUCCUGGAGGAACAGCGUCAGAGGCAAGAACAGAUAGACUUGGAAUGUAGAAGCUCUACAAGUCCGUGCGGUACUGCUAAGAGUCCAAACAGGGAGUGGGAAGGAAAAUCAGUCGCCUAUAUGCCCUAUGCUGAGGUCAAACGUGCUCUAGAACAGGAAGCACAGAUGCACAGUACCGCAGCAAGGUCAGCCUCACCGUGUAGGCUCUCUCCAAGAGAAGUCAGUAAAGCCGCUUCACAGCCCGAUAGGAGUGCAGCCCGCUCUAGUGUCCCUCCAGUCCUCCAACCUGCUCCACAUCAAGUGAUAACUAACCUUCCCGAGGGCGUUCGGCUUCCAACAACACGACCAACCAGACCACCUCCUCCUCUCAUCCCAUCGUCUAAAACCACUGCAGCAUCAGAAAAGCCAUCCUUUAUAAUGGGAGGGUCCAUCUCACAGGGAACUCCUGGCACUUACUUGACGUCUCAUAAUCAGGCUUAUACUCAAGAAGCAGCUAAGCCCUCAGUGGGAUCUAUCUCUCUUGGAUUGCCACGGCAGCAGGAAUCUACCAAAUCAGCUCCUUCGACCUACAUAAAGCAGGAAGAAUUUUCUCCAAGAAGCCAAAACUCACAACCAGAGGGCUUAUUGGUCAGGGCACAGCAUGAAGGUGUGGUCAGAGGCACUGUAGGGGCUGUCCAAGAGGGAAGUAUAACUCGGGGAACUCCAGCCAGCAAAAUCUCAGUGGAGAGCAUUUCAUCAUUGCGGGGCUCUAUUACCCAGGGAACCCCAGCUUUGCCCCAGGCUGGCAUACCAACAGAGACUUUGGUGAAGGGACCUGUUUCCAGGAUGCCCAUUGAAGAAAGCAGUCCUGAGAAAGUCAGAGAGGAAGCUGCAUCCAAAGGCCAUGUUAUUUAUGAAGGCAAAAGUGGACAUAUCUUAUCAUAUGAUAAUAUUAAGAAUGCCCGAGAAGGGACUCGGAGUCCAAGAACAGCUCAUGAAAUCAGUUUAAAAAGAAGCUAUGAGUCAGUGGAAGGAAAUAUAAAGCAAGGCAUGUCAAUGAGGGAGUCUCCUGUAUCAGCACCAUUAGAGGGUCUGAUAUGCCGAGCAUUACCCAGAGGGAGCCCUCAUCCUGACCUUAAAGAGAGAACUGUGCUAUCUGGUUCCAUAAUGCAGGGCACACCAAGAGCAACAACUGAUAGCUUUGAAGACGGCCUUAAAUAUCCCAAACAGAUUAAAAGGGAAAGCCCUCCUAUCCGAGCAUUUGAAGGCGCCAUUACCAAAGGAAAACCAUAUGAUGGUAUCACCACCAUCAAAGAAAUGGGGCGUUCCAUUCAUGAGAUUCCACGACAAGAUAUUCUAACUCAGGAAAGCCGAAAAACUCCAGAAGUGGUCCAGAGUACAAGGCCAAUAAUUGAGGGUUCCAUUUCCCAGGGCACACCAAUCAAAUUUGACAACAACUCAGGUCAAUCAGCUAUCAAACACAAUGUGAAGUCCUUAAUAACAGGGCCUAGCAAACUACCCCGUGGAGUGCUGGAAAUUGUACCAGAGAACAUAAAAGUAGUAGAACGGGGAAAAUAUGAGGAUGUGAAAGCCGGUGAGCCAGUGCGUCCCCGGCACACGUCAGUGGUGAGCUCUGGCCCGUCCGUUCUCAGGUCUACAUUUCAUGAAGUUCCCAAAGCACAGCUGAGCCCGGGAAUCUAUGAUGACAGCAGUGCUCGCAGGACCCCUGUGAGUUACCAAAGCACCAUAUCCAGAGGCUCACCUAUGAUGAACAGAACUUCUGACGUUUCUUCCAGCAAGUCUACCAGUCAUGAAAGGAAAUCAACUCUGACCCCAACCCAAAGAGAAAGUCUAGCAGCCAAGUCCCCAGUGCCCGGGGUGGAUCCUGUCAUGAGUCACAGCCCAUUUGAUACUCAUCUUCGGAGUAGCGCUGCAGGAGAGGUUUACCGGGGUCCCUUUCCCACGCACUUGGAUCCAACCAUGACCUUUCACAGGACUUUGGAUCCUGCUGCUGCUCUCCUGUUUCAGAGACAGCUCUCACCAACCCCAGGAUACCCGAGUCAGUACCAGCUGUAUGCAAUGGAGAACACACGACAGACCAUCCUAAAUGAUUACAUUACCUCACAACAGAUGCAAGUGAGUUUGCGUCCUGAUGUUGCCAGAGGACUGUCCCCACGAGAGCAGCCACUGGGUCUCCCUUACCCAGCUACAAGAGGAAUCAUUGACUUGACCAAUAUGCCUCCAACAAUUUUAGUGCCUCAUGCUGGGGGAGCGAGCACUCCUCCCAUGGACAGAAUCACUUACAUCCCUGGUACACAGAUUAGUUUCCCUCCCAGGCCGUACAAUGCUGCCUCUUUGUCUCCAGGACACCCAGCACACCUUACCGCAGCUGCAAGUGCUGAGCGGGAUCGAGAGCGCGAAAGGGAGAAGGAGCGUGAGCGUGAAAGGGAGCGCGAACGUGAAAGGGAGCGCGAACGUGAACGCGAACGAGAACGUGAACGAGAACGAGAAAGGAUGUCUGCUAAUUCCUCUGAUCUCUACCUACGACCAGGCUCAGAACAGCCAGGCCGACCUGGCAGCCACGGAUAUGCUCGCUCCCCUUCCCCUUCAGUAAGAGCUCAGGAGACCAUGUUGCAACAGAGACCCAGUGUUUUCCAGGGAACCAAUGGAACCAGUGUAAUCACACCUUUGGAUCCAACUGCUCAGCUACGAAUCAUGCCACUGCCUGCUGGGGGCCCUUCCAUAAGUCAAGGCCUGCCAGCCUCCCGCUACAACACUGCUGCGGAUGCCCUGGCUGCUCUUGUGGACGCUGCAGCUUCUGCACCCCAGAUGGAUGUUUCCAAAACAAAAGAGAGUAAGCAUGAAGCUGCCAGGUUAGAAGACAAUUUGAGAAGCAGGUCAGCAGCAGUUAGUGAACAGCAGCAGCUAGAGCAGAAAAACCUGGAGGUGGAGAAGAGAUCUGUUCAGUGUGUGUGCACUUCUUCAGCCCUUCCGAGUGGCAAGCCCCAGCCUCAUGCCUCAGUAGUGUAUUCUGAGGCUGGGAAAGAUAAAGGGCCUCCUCCAAAAUCCAGAUAUGAGGAAGAGCUAAGGACCCGAGGGAAGACUACCAUUACUGCAGCUAACUUCAUAGACGUGAUCAUCACCCGGCAAAUUGCCUCGGACAAGGAUGCGAGGGACCGUGGCUCUCAAAGUUCAGACUCUUCUAGUAGCUUGUCUUCUCACAGGUAUGAAGCACCUAGUGAUGCUAUUGAGGUGAUAAGUCCUGCCAGCUCCCCUGCACCAACCCAGGACAAGCCACAGGCCUAUCAGCCAGAGAUGGCUAAGCAAGCAGAAAAUGAGCCCACUCGGCAGUAUGAAGGACCACUGCAUCACUAUCGGUCACAGCAGGAGUCCCCAUCUCCACAGCAGCAGCCACCACUGCCCUCAUCCUCUCAGGCCGAAGGAAUGGGGCAGGUGCCCAGGACCCAUCGGCUGAUCACACUUGCUGAUCACAUCUGUCAAAUUAUCACACAAGAUUUUGCUAGAAAUCAAGUUUCCUCGCAGCCUCCUACUUCAACAUUCCAAACUUCACCAUCUGCUCUGGCAUCCACACCUGUAAGAGCUAAAACAUCGAGUCGCUACAGCCCAGAGUCCCAGUCUCAGACUGUUCUGCAUCCAAGACCAGGUUCUAGAGUCUCUCCAGAACAUCUUGUGGAUAAAUCCCGGGGAAGCAGGCCUGGGAAAUCUCCAGAGAGGAGUCACAUCUCGUCAGAGCCCUAUGAGCCCAUCUCCCCACCGCAGGUCCCUGCUGUGCAUGAGAAGCAGGACAGCAUGCUGCUCUUGUCACAGAGGGGGGCGGAGCCUGCCGAGCAGAGGAAUGAUUCUCGAUCACCAGGAAGUAUAAGCUACUUGCCUUCAUUCUUCACCAAGCUCGAAAGCACAUCACCCAUGGUUAAAUCAAAGAAGCAGGAAAUUUUUCGUAAGUUGAACUCCUCUGGUGGAGGUGACUCUGAUAUGGCAGCUGCGCAGCCAGGAACUGAGAUCUUCAAUCUGCCCGCAGUUACUACAUCAGGUGCAGUUAGCUCGAGAAGCCAUUCUUUUGCUGAUCCUGCCAGUAAUCUUGGUCUAGAAGACAUCAUUAGAAAGGCUCUCAUGGGAAGUUUCGAUGAUAAAGUUGAAGAUCAUGGUGUUGUCAUGCCCCAACCUGUGGGAAUUGUGCCUGGUAGUGCCAGUACCUCAGUUGUGACCAGCAGUGAGACUCGGAGAGAUGAAGGGGACCCAUCACCUCAUUCAGGAGUAUGCAAACCAAAGCUGAUCAACAAGUCAAACAGCCGAAAGUCUAAAUCUCCUAUUCCUGGGCAAAGCUACUUAGGAACUGAACGACCUUCUUCAGUCUCCUCUGUACAUUCAGAAGGUGAUUACCACAGGCAGACACCAGGAUGGGCCUGGGAAGACAGGCCCUCUUCCACAGGAUCUACCCAGUUCCCUUACAACCCUCUGACCAUGCGGAUGCUCAGCAGUACACCACCAACACCGAUCUCGUGUGCCCCAUCUGCCAUCAGCCAAGCAGCUCCCCAUCAGCAGAACCGCAUCUGGGAGCGAGAACCUGCCCCGCUGCUCUCCGCGCAGUAUGAGACACUAUCCGAUAGUGACGACUGACCUGUGCACAGGAGGGAACGCUGGCUUUGGUCUGAAGUACAGAUUAAAAAAGAAUUUCUGCUCUCCUAUGAUUUGUGCCCAGAGACUUCUCAGAGGAGCCAGGGCCACAGAUGAAGAAGAAAUGAUGUAAAUUCAUUUGGAAAAUCAAAUGGGAAACAAAACCAACAAAAAACCUGCCUCCAUACAGGCAAUUCAGUGGAUUAUAACAGUGGAAGGUUGAAGUGUAGAGUUUUUUAAAAGUGGACAAUUCCUGUUCUUACAUCUGUUUGUAAAGAAAACCAUGAUGUCUUUAAAUCGCCCUUCUGUAAAUAGAUGACCUUUUUGCAGUGUAUCCCCUUGCUGUAGCAUCUGGUGUACUUAAAUUUAAAUCAGCACAUCAACAUUGGGGGUCAUUUUUUAAAUUCUUUGUCUAUCUUUUUAACCCCAGCCUUCUAAACCACCUCACGCAGCACAGUUACACAGUACUGGCUGUCAUGGGCAUUGUACUUCUGUUUCCACUAAAUUCAACUUUCCUGGGAAUGUUUCAAUCUUGUGAAAAUGUUUAGGUUUUAAUACAUACCCUGUCAUGAAGCCUGAAUGAGGUCUACGUGCAGGAGCAACAGAACUGUAUGUUGGGAGUUUCCAGUGCGGGCUUUACUUUCUUCAUUAGUAGCACUGAAAAAAAUAUUACUGCAUGGGUAUGUUAUAGUUCAGUUUUAAAGUUUAAAGGCUUAUUUGAGGCAUACGUCAAUGUUUAUGCACACUGGUAAUUUGACCAUGCCCCUAAGUAUUCUGCAUUUGAUGCAGCCCAACAAAGCUUUUGUUCUGAAAUAAAUUUGACUAUCCUGUCCAUAGCUACAGUCUAUCAUUUGUGACCUAAGGGUCUUCAUGUCUCAGGUUUCAAACAAGAAACACACACACUUUUCUUUAGUUGGAUACAUAUCUGGCUGAGUUAAAAAGAUAACAAUCUGUACAGAACUGUGGUCUUCCAGGCUUGUUUUAUGCUGCAUCCUGAACUAACCACUGAAUAUAGUCCUUUUCUAUCUCUAUGUCAGUGCCCACUCUGCUUCUACAGAACACCAGUAAAUUGUUGUCAAGGUGCAAGUAAUUUAAAGACUGAAUUUUAAACUAAUUAUGGUACUGGAGGAUGACUUUUUUUUAUUAAGAAUUGCUUGCUGUGUUUCUAAGAUUUGCUUUCACACAGCUUUAUCUUGGUGUUCAGGCUUCUUCUACUGCACAGAUACUUAGUGGUUUGGGGAUAAUGUCAUCGAGAACUGGAGGGAAAAAGAGGUCACAGACUUUUCAGGAGACCAGAACUUGUAGACUCAAGUCCCUAGAGCCAUUGCCUGAGCCCCCCCUUAGCAUCUGUACCACUGGUUUCGAACCCCCCCCCCCUUUUUUUUAUUAUAGAUGAAGACACAGGCUCAAAUUUGCCCAUAUACCUUAGCAAGUAACAAAGACAGACAUUUGAGAUCUUAAAAUAAACUUUAGCCAUGCAUGGUAGCACACACCUUUAAUCUCAGCAAUUGGAAGGCAGAGGCAGGCACACCACUAAACGUACAAGGGUAGCCUGGAUUACAAGAUGAGUUCUGGGCCAGCCAAGGCUACACAGUGAGAUAGGAUUCUUAUCACUUGUAAAGUUUACAAGUGUCCAAAGUGUACCUUUACAAUAAUCAUAAACAUAAUGAAGACUAAGACUAAGUGUUUGAUUAAGUUUACUGCUGAAAGCCCACCCCCUCCACCCCCUGCCAAGUUCCAGUAAUAGCCUAGAACUUAGUAAAUCAUCUGGCCAACUGGCCCGAAAGAUGAUGAUGAUGACUGACCCUAAGGGUCUUUUGCCGUUCCGGGUUGGGUUCACUUUAGGACAGAUGAGCCUAGCUUGCUCCAUGCUCACCACAACACGAAAUCCAGCAUCAAUUCUUAGUUCAAAACAACUAGAACAAGAUCCUCACAAAGUUUACCUAGAGAGGUGGAGGUACGCCUUACCGUGAUACUACUAAGGAGGGAGCAAGCAAGCACUGAGAUUAUGAAGUCAGCUACAAAUCAAGGUGUAGCAUUUUGUGGGCCAACACUAUAUCUGUAACACAUGCACAUACAACUAAAUCAAGGUCUUCCAGUAGAGGUAAUAUUCUGACAACUUUCCAGUCUAUUUAGUGAGAAAUUUUAUACUACACUUUAAAUUUUCAUAUGCUGUGAUUUUUGUCUUACAUACACUUAUUCCCUGAAAACUCCAGUAACAUGGUGUAGUUCAAAACUUUAAUAUGAAAUUAAAUGUAAAUUGUUUAAAGUUGUAAUCAGUAAAAGGCGAUCAGUC